AAAUUUCUUUUCGAAGCAUGCUGUUCCAGAAAUGAUGUAUCUCUUCGGUCUUGCUGUUGUCGCUUUGGAAACCUUGUGUCCUUCUUGGCUAAUUUUGUACCAGCAUCUCGUGCAUUAAGGAUUUUUGCCUAGAUAAGCCUUUUUACCUCUGUUCUAACACUCCCCCGUGAUUAUGUGCGAUCCUUGAGAACAUCUGGCUGUUGUGCGAGGGUUACUCUCCCGCUUGUUGGGCCUUUGUUUUUCUCCAUUACUAUUAAUGAAUUCAGUUGUGAUCAAAGGCAUAACCAAAGUGUAAGUAGCAUAUGGUCACGUCUCUGGCCAGGUUAAAAUCCUAUUAGUUAUAAUACACAUCACUCCUUUUAGGCCUUAUGCAUUUAGAGAAGGAACCAAAAUGAUGUUGGAUUAAACUGCCAAUCAUACAUAUUUUCAAGACUCGUUGCAAGUGCUUCUUAUUUUCUGAAUUGGAGUUUGAACAUAUUUACAUUCAAUCUUUGGCUUACAUUAGAUUCGCCUUCAUAUCCAAUUUAGCGGAUGUUCAAAAAUUAUCAAGAUGUUUCAGCAGACAGAAAUCCAUUGAUUUAAGUUGUAUAUAUGCUGACACGAAGCAGAACGAUAUGAGCUCGUUGGUUCUUCUCAUCGCCGGACUUGUCCUGACAGCAAACAUUUCCUUUUCUUCUGCAGACACUUAUAAUAUUGUGCUUCUUGUCAAGAAAGGUCAGUCAGAUUUUGAAAAAUCUUUGGACACGGCUAUUGAACACAGCAUUGCAUACAUCAACACGAGGUCGACAGUACUACGAGGCACAUUUAUCAAGCUAGUAGUACAAAAAGCGUUUGUUGGUUCAGGUGGCAUUUUUGAAAAAGACUUUCUAUAUGGUCCGUACCAGUAUAUCUUGGGGAACGCAACUGCUUUCUUGCUUCCACAACACAUCGACCAGAUCUGCAUUCUUGGAGAAAUGCUAAGAGUCCCAAUGAUUGCACUGAACUAUGGGCCGAAGCUAUUCUGCAAUAACAUAAUAAGUAUGCGACCGGAUCUUUCUAUACUGAAUCAAGCUCUGGUUGCCAUGGUAAAGGAGACUAGGCCGAGAGUAGUAGCUGUUGUCACAGAAGUUGGUUUCGGUGAUUUUGCAACAGCUGUCAUGUCACACGAACACCAAGUAAAUCACUUCAGCUUCCAGACGAUUUCAAGCAUCAACUUCACUGAUAAUCAUUCGGUAUAUCGAGCUGUCAAAGAAUUGAAGGAGUUCGGAGCCAUUAAAGUUUUGUUGAUCAUGCAACAGGAGAACGCCUACACGUUUAUGAAGCAGGUUCAGUCACAGAACUUCAAAAACCUACAUGCGUAUCGAUGGUUUUUGCCAGUGUUGGAUGCCAAGAGUUCAAAUAUAUUGAAGACAUUUGAAGGGUUUUUGUCUCUUGCCUUGCCAGUCGACCAUGAAGAGUUAAAUAAAACAACAAAAACUUUGUAUGAUAUGGGAACUAUACUCGAGGAAAACACAAAUGCAAUGGACCCAUUGUUGCACGAUGCUUUAACAUCUAUUGCAUAUGCAAUCAAGGCAUCUGUUGGGGAAACUUGUGUUGUUCAUCGUCAAGUUCCAAAAAAGUAUUGUCCAGUUCGCAAAGCAGAAUUGGACUCGAGAUGUAAGCCGUUAGCAGAGCAUCUUUCGGAGGUAAUGUUUCGUGGUCUGACAGGUGACGUGAAAUUUACAACGACAAAGUAUAGAAAUAUCACAUUUCUAGAUUCUAAUGAAAUUACCAGAGGCAAGAAGAUAAAGCUCGGCACAUGGUCGGUGCCUUGCGAGGCGUUCAAGUGGAAUCCCGAAUCUUCAUUUGCAAAACAACAACAAAAGCUGGUGACAUGUGCUACAGUGAAGAACCAACCGAGCGCAUCUUCCCGCGCAUACCAACCAAAAAGAAGACACUUGCGUGUUGUUGCCAAAGUUGAAGAGCCCUUCAUAUUUUACAAUCCAUCGCUAAGAUUUGAAAAGCCCAAUGAUAGAUUUUCCGGAUUUUGCAAAGAUAUUUUGGAUAAACUUGCCGAAGAUUUGAAUUUCCAGUAUGACAUUCUGGAGCCAACACCUGAAUUUGGAAAAAGAAGACAGAACAUGUCCUGGAGUGGUAUGGUUGGAGAGCUUAUUAAAAAGGAAGCAGACAUAGCCAUAGGCCCUCUGCUUGUCACGUCAGAUCGGGAGAGUGUAAUUGACUUCAGUGCGUCAUUCAUGGAUUUUACACAGGCUAUUCUCAUCAAGAAACCUUCACGGCAUGGUGGAGAUAGUUUCCAUUUUCUAAAGCCGUUUACUGUCGGCGUCUGGAUUUCAAUUCUAGGCUCUGCCCUGGUGGUUGCUUUGAUAAUGUUUCUAAUAGAACGGUUCAGUCCAAUGGGAUACCGCAAACUUGCUGAAGCCAGUCCCGAUUACAGCGGAAGUGAAUUCAAUUUUGCGAACUCGUUUUGGUUUGCAACAGCCUCUUUGCUGCAACAAGGCCCUGAUCAGACACCACGUAGUAUCGCAGGCAGGAUUCUUUCGACCUCUUUUUGGUUUUUCGUAACCAUCAUCAUGGCAGCCUAUGUUGCAAGCCUGGCUGGCUUUUAUAUGACUGCAAAACCAGAAACGAUGAUAACGUCACUGGAGGAUACAAUAAAUGACGGUAAAUAUAUAUACGGAACUUUACGGGACGGACAGACGCGUAAACUGCUAGAAACAUCGCAACAGCCUCUUCAUCGAAAAAUGUACAAGCAUAUGGUUUCCAUUGGAACUCUCGUUGUGUCCUUGGAGAAAGCUUUGGAAAGAGUGAAAGAAGAAGAUUACGCCUUUAUUGGCGAUCAGCCAUUAUUGGAAUACUUUAAUGCAAAACAGCCUUGUAAUACCAAAAUAGUCAAGCACGUUCUGGGUAUGGGCAGCUACGCUUUUGGUCUUCAACUUAAUUCUGAAUGGACCAAUCACUUUUCUGUCCAUCUCUUAAAGCUAAGAGAAAGUGGGUACAUUCAAGGCCUGCGACUGAAAUGGUGGAAUGAACAAGCGGAGUGCAAGGACGAAAACUUUGCUAUUAGCCCACCAUCACGUCUCAGUUUUCAUGAUAUGGCUGGUAUAUGUGCCAUUUUGGCAGUUGGCAUAUGCCUCUCACUGUUCUUGCUGCUGUUUGAAAUAAAAUUCAAGCAUAUAAUGGAAUCUUGUUGCAGUAAAUCGUCAAGCAUUCCACGCAAGGUUCGUCUGCGUACCCUUGAAAUGAAAAACUUCGGCGGAGAAAGAUUUGAGCAGCAGAUGCUCAAAGCUCCUCAGAUCACCUACCUUGACUACAAAUCGAAUGGAGAUUACGAUUUAACCAAGAUGUAUGGCUCGAAAUAUGAUGAUAAAUCGACGCUCACAAAUUCUUUUGAAGAGAGUUCAAAGAUGUAUAAAGAUGCCCCCGAAUCUACGCUUUAGGCUCUCAUGUAGCAAGUUUGAUCAAACUACAAUAAACGAACAUUACAUAUUGAUCUCUGUAUGCACAAGUAAUUUACACCAAAUGGAAUUACGAGAUAUCUACCGUUAUUCAGGCACUAGUCAAUAUCUACCGUUAUUAGAAAUUGUUUAUUUCUUUAUGAUACUUAGAUAAUGCCUGUAAUUUCAAAUAUAUUUUUGUGCUUGUUAACCAUGAUGCGAACGAGAAUGUAUGUCAAAGCUGAUCUAAGUCGUAGUACCAUGAUGCCACUGCUGAGUUCAUGUACAUUACAUCAAAUUUGUGCACACUUUGCGAUAGCACCUCCCUUCCCUCGCACUGUACAGAAAUUUUAUGUGUAAAAUUUCCUUCAGAUGGUCAGAAUAUCUCACUUUAUAAUCGACGCGGUUUUAAAGGAGGUGGAGUGCGGUAUUGGCCUUUCUUGCAUGAAUCAGUCAAUUAUUUAAAUACAACAAUUACGCAACAAGAUGUUCUAAAACUUUGGACAUGGGUUGGAUAUCUGGAAAGGGAGAGAUUUCUGUCACAGUUUUAUCUCAAAUGGUCUUAUUUCAACAUGUUUUAAGGUAGUUAUCCAAAAGCUCUAUAUUAAACAAUGCUAUUAAGGACCCUACACUUAAGUUCUAUCAAUUUCUUUAACAAAGCUUUAUUUAUUUUAUAGCAGUAUCAAAAUUUUCCUUUCAGGUUUAAGGAAUUUAAUUAUUGUAUGUUUGUUUUUUCAUACUUAGCAAUCUAAACAUGAUUAUUUAGAAGGUGGUACCUUUUAUUUACCAAUUUUAAAAGUUCAUGAUAACUCAAGAACCACUGUUUAUUUUGUAACCUCGAUACUCUAAUUUUACGUCACGUUCAAAGUAACAUCUUGUAACUUUUAUUGAAACUGCAAGGGUUUUAAUCUCGAUGUUUAGCUUACAUUAUUUGCAAGUGGAUAACGAGCCUAUUUGUGAGUGGGUGCAAAUAAGGUGAUAUGGUUUCCUAAGUAAGCCUGUAAUUAUAAAAGAUGACAAUUUAUUUGUUCCUAAUUUUUUCAUAAGAAUCUUUAAUAUGUGGGAUAGUUUGGAAUCUUUAAAGUGUCUUUUGAGUGUUAAGAAGCAGGAUUUGUGUAUUUGUUUUUGAUUUACCCUUACAGCAAUCAUGUUUUACAAAAUAUGAUUCCCUUGAUUCAUCGGUUGUGUAACAAUAGAACAAAGCUGUAUUCAUGAAUUUACCCAAUAAAAUGUAACUACGUUAUUGUCCUGAAUAAUAGGAGCGCCAAGGUAAAUCAGUUUUAUAGAAAUUAAUAAUAAGUUUGUUUACGAGGCUUAACAGUUUUCAGAUGAGCAGGAAUGUUGUUUUACAUUGGCAGUUGGACUGCAUUGUUUAGUUUGGUAAUAUGAUUAAACACUAGGAGUCGUCAGUGUAUUGUAACGAAAUAUUGUACAGCCCUCAAUUUGUUUGCUCUUUAAGGCCGUGUUAGCAAUUAGGGUAUAGAAAGCGUUAUCUUGAUUUGCAUGUCAACUAUUUGUGCUUGUAAUAAUUUCAAUCGUAUUUCAAGACUAUAAAGUUAGCUACAGUGGCUUGACGAUCUAUGUAAUUGUAUUUUGUAAUAAUCUAUCAAAAGACGUACUAUCAAAGAAAAAAGA